GGACUGUGGGAAAAAAAGAAACAUUGUAAUGUGACCUAAUCUCAAAUGGGUUGGCAAGAACACAACAUUGUCUUUACAAUGACAAGGAAGAAGAAACUGAAGUGAGAGUUAAAUGGAAUUUUGCGGGUACAUGCCUACCUGCACACUUAACCCCUUGCGUCCAACAUCAAUGCUAAUGGCACUUAACGGCAGAUAAACCAUGAUCGUGAUCUUUACUGAGCUGAUUAUCUUAUCUAUUCUCCAUGCGUUUACCUCUCUAUGCAUUCCUUAGGCAGAGGUCAUCCACAGUGACUAACACCCUAGACAUAAGCAAUCCAACUAUGAAGUCUUUUAAGAAGCUGCUGUGGCACCAAAUACAAGUGAAAUGUUCAAUUGCAUGGAUUGAAAUGGGAUUAUCAGUAGUUUGGAAGUGCUGCUACGAAUCAUACAACCAUACAACCAACUUGCAUAAGCUUUUAUUGUAAGGCAACCAAAACAACAUAACCAAUUUUUUUUUUUAAACUUGUGUGGGCAAAGAAAAUGGAAUCUUGUCUUUCUGGUUAGGCUAGUCUAGACAUACAGUGCUACACAGAAAUGUAUAACACCUAUGAAUUAUGAAUACGAUCUAAAGAAAACAGUAAAAUUAACUUUAAUCACAGCACAUAUUUCCAAAACAGGGCUUAAUUUAACUAAUUAAAGUACAUGCCUGAGGGUACAUGCUUUUCGACACAUGUUGUCGGCAUUACCACUGUAUUACCACUAGGGAACAGCAUACACAAGAGGCCCUUGAGUGUAAAUGACAAAUAACAAACCAAGCUCAACAGCCUGAACAAUACAGAACAUAGUAAAGGAAUAACUGAACUGAAAGUUUAAAUGUUAAACCUGGCCAAAUGUAGAUUUUUUUCUUUUAAGAAAAGCUAUGAUUCUGCUGAUGGACAUCUGUGUGUUUUUCUUAAUAAUAAUUAAAUUGCAGGAUAUAUAUAUGUCUCAAUCGUUUUAUUGUGGUGGUGAUGGGGGGGGGCAUGUCUAUAUGUAAACAGUAUAACAUGAAUGUGACGUGUAUAUGUCUAUAUGUAAACAGUAUAACAUGAAUGUGACGUGUAUAUGUCUAUAUGUAAACAGGUUGCCUGCCUAGUAGAGAGUGCAGAGUAGGCUACUGUAGUAUCUGAGCUGCUACAUCAAUUCUCAAGUUUCUACAUUAACAUGGAGCCUAGGCUUCCAGCAAAUAUGACUCAUUUCAUUUUGUAUCCGUUGGCCCUACUAAUGAUGACCAGGUACCACUGAAUUUACAAAAAAAAACAGCCGCUAUAUGUAGGCUUAAACACAAUAAGAACACUUAUGUUGGUAACUAACGUCGACAUGUAGUUGGUAUCAUCAAUACUUCACUGUUGGUAUGGUAAGACCAAGAGUAAGCUUCAUAUCAUAUCAUUCAUUUUCUGCUUUGCUUGACGUGCUGAGACGAACCUAUUUAUAGUUGCAUAGUCUUUUAAUAGAAACAAAAAACGUCAGCGCUCAACCAGCAUCCCCACCCCACCCCUACCACGUGCUCAUUCAACUUUCCAGGAAAUGAUUAUGCUACUCGAUUAAAAAAAUAAAAAAGAUGCAAAUGUUUCACCCCUACUGACUGGAACAGUGAUAGACCGUCUGUCACCUUCACAUAGCAACACACUGCUCCUGUACUACUUCCACUGCUGUGCUGGUCAUCGUUCAUUGCUCAACUGUUCAUUCUGCAAAAGAGGCAGGAGAGCACAGGAAUGAUGAUCUGUGCUUCAUGCGUUGCCUUACUGCUGCUGGUCAUUCUACAGACGCCACAAGAGAGCACAGCGAGCUGUUCCUCCCCAACAUCGCUCUGCUGUCUGGGCACAAACAGCACAUGCUUUCGUAACUCCUGCUAUUGUGACGAGUACUGCAUCACAGCCAGAGACUGCUGUUCUGACUACAAUCAGACUUGUAGAUCACCCCUUUCACCUACUAAUACACCGCCAGGCACUUCUGCACUCACACCUGAAGAUGCCAUCUCAACAACUCCACCACUAACCAGCAGUCAGCUACCAACAUCCAGCACAUACCAUGAAACACCUGAGGAGCCCUCGGCUGUUAUGGAGAAGCCAAAAGAGAUCACUACACCGCCAGGCACUUCGGCACUCACACCUGAAGAUGCCAUCUCAACAACUCCACCACUAACCAGCAGUCAGCUACCAACAUCCAACACAGACCAUGAAACACCUGAGGAGCCCUCGCCUGUUACGGAGAAGCCAAAAGAUCCCACCAGAGUCAUCAUGAGAGUGAGAGGCUUCCUGCACACAAACACGGGAGAGGAGGCAGUACUGGAGGCCUUAAGGAAACUGGUCUCUCUUCUAGAGAACAAACUGAAGGAUCACUGUACUGACUGCACAGUACAGAUUCUGAAGCACAACAUGACCACAAAUGAUCCUUAAAUGAUCCCUGUUAUAAACAUGGUGUGAAGAGACUGUAACACACAAUGCACAUUAAUAAACAGUAUCGACUGUAAGGAAGUUUGAUUAUUAAUAUUCCAUAGCUGGAAGAGCACCAGAUAAAUGCAUAUCUCACUAGGUGGCAGCAACGAGCUUCUGCGUGUGUUAAAUAAUCUUCUAGAGUAUUUCGGCUAUUUUAAAUAACUAUUUCACAUGUUUAUUGAAAUAAAGAAGGAUCAAAACAAGAAUUCGACUUGUAUUAUGAAGGCAAGCGGUGGAUAACAGCGGAGUGGUGGUCGUAGUUUAAAUGCGUAGGCCUAUUUUAUAGAUCUUCAGGAGGUAGCGAAAUUAACAAACAAAAAUUUAUGUUGGCCUGUAUAAACCGAAAGGCAAAUUGAAACCCUGUUUGGGACACAUGCCUCCAAUUUGAUUUAUUGUACUUACCUUUUGCGAGUCCAAUAAUUUCAGAAUUAAAUACAUCAUGUUAGAGGCUUUAGAUACAUUAUAUAAAAGUAUUAUUGUCAAAUCAAAUUGUCUUCAGAAUGUUCUCUGAAUUGCUACAGUUUGCAAAAUGGUGUCUGUAUUACUGUAAUGCGGACCAUUUAGCAUCAUGAAUAUUAAACAUUUGUUCAAGCAGAA